AUGGGACGCGCGCUGCCCGCGGGCGCCGCGGCCGGCGGAGCGCCCUCGGCCAAGCGCAAGCGCCGCCACCGCACCAUCUUCACCGAGGAGCAGCUGGAGCAGCUGGAGGCGACGUUCGACAAGACGCACUACCCGGACGUGGUGCUGCGCGAGCAGCUCGCCCUCAAGGUCGACCUCAAGGAGGAGCGCGUCGAGGUGUGGUUCAAGAACCGGCGCGCCAAAUGGCGCAAGCAGAAACGCGAGGAGCAGGAGCGGCUGCGCAAGCUGCAAGAGGAGAGGGCUGCCGCCGCCGCAGCCGCCUCC